GUUCCUGAAUUACUUAUUAUUGUAUUUAUAUAUUUCAUUAUAUUAGGCAAGAUUUAGUUUCAUUAAAAUGGCAUCACAGGGCCACAACCCUAAGUUUAAGGAAUUUAGAGGGAAAAUAUCAAAACCAACAUUAAGAGCAAUAAAAACAAUGGGAUUUAAACAGUUGACGGAUAUUCAGGCUGAAGUUUUACCUAAAGCAUUAAGUGGAUCUGAUAUAGUGGCAACUGCAAAAACUGGCUCGGGCAAAACAUUAGCAUUUUUAAUUCCAAUAGUUGAAUUGGUAAACAAACACCUAAAUGGACAAUCACAAGGCACAUUCUGUGUAGUAAUAUCGCCUACUAGAGAACUAGCCUCACAGACAUACAGUGUUCUACAAGAUUUGAUAUCACAAAAUGAAUCUAUAAGAACAGCUCUUAUAAUUGGAGGUGAAAGCAGAAAGAUGCAGAGUAAUAUUCUAUACCAAGGUGCUCAUAUUGUUGUUUCAACACCUGGCCGUCUUUUUGAUCACAUGAGGACCAAAGAGUUUGACUACUCCCAAGUGAGUUGCUUGGUGCUAGAUGAAGCAGAUAAAAUAUUCCAGUAUGGAUUUGAAGAGGACAUCAAACAGAUUAUAAACAGACUUCCUAAGGAAAGACAAACCAUGUUGUUUAGUGCAACAAGAUCAGAAGCAACAGAAGCAUUGAUCAAGUCAGCUAUGAAAGAUGACUUGCACUCAAUAAGUACCACAGAGGAUAAUGACAGAGCCACUGUAGAAGGAUUGAAGCAAGGGUAUGUUAUAUGCGAAACAGAGUACAGAUUGUAUUGGCUACAUAAACUGUUGAAGAAAACACAAAACUCUAAGAUUAUGGUGUUUUUCUCAAGUUGUAAAUCUGUGGUAUUUCAUUAUGAGUUUUUAUACAAACAUUGUGGAUUAUCAGCUGUUCUGUGUAUUCAUGGUAAAAUGAGCCAAUCUGAAAGAACAGAAACCAUCAAUACUUUUUACAGCGCAAAGAAAAUGGCACUACUUUGUACAGAUUUGGCAGCCAGAGGUUUGGAUAUACCAGCCGUGGAUUGGAUAGUCCAGUUUGAUCCUCCCUCUGAUACAAACGAAUAUAUCCAUAGGGUGGGUAGAACUGCAAGAGGUUUAGGUGCCGAGGGUAAAGCAGUAUUGCUACUGAGGCCUGAAGAGAAAGAAUUUAUUGAUUACCUGAAUGAAGCAAAGGUAUACUUAGAUAAAUAUGAAUUAUGGGACAAGUAUAGCAAUCUACAACCAAAGAUAGAAAGUGCAAUGAAAGAUACGGAAUUUGAAAAACUGGCUGUAGAAGCAUUUGAAGGGUACAUAAGGGCGUUUGAAGUGAAAAAGUUGAAACACGUUUUUAAUUUGCUUAACAUGAACUUAGAUGCUGUAGCAAGAUCUUUUGGUUUGAAGAAAAAACCAGAUGUGGAUAUACGAGUAGGAUUCAGUAAGAAGCAUAGGCCGAGAAAAAGAAUGCUAGCAAUGAUGGACGAGAAAGGAAAUAUUCCAACAAAAGUCUCGAAAACUUAAGACUAUAGAAGAAUGGAGAAUGUUACUAGGUAUGCCAAAUUGCU